AUGCCACGAAGGAGAGCGGCGGGCAAGGCUAAGAAGCCCGCCAACCCGCACAACGCGGUCUACGUUCACAUCAUGCUCGGCCUCGUGGCCGCAGAGAGCAACGACAACAGGGCACGCGGCCUGCGCAAGGCGCUGCGGUCUGUCCUGGUCUAUCCUCUCCCACUCGCUGCGCCGCAUGAGGUCAUCCGACUCGAAGGCAUCGGCCCUUACACCCGCGAUGCCGUCGUCGAUGCGUACAACGCCCUGCUGGCGGCGUACGGACCCGAAGGCCUCCUCGCCGGCGCAUGGGACGAGGCUCCUCCGCCUCCGUCCACGUCUGCGACUCCGGCAGUCGCUCGCAAGCGCAAGCGUGGACCCGGCGCCGGUCCCGAGUCGGCCGGUCCCGAGUCGGCCGGCGGCGCGCCGGCCAAGCGCAGCAAGCGCGCGUACCGACCGCGCAAAGGCUCGGGCGCGUGGGCGCUUGUCACCGCCCUGCAUCGCUGGCAAGUCGACCAGUCGCCGCAGCCGUGGCGCGGUCCGGUGACCAAGGAGGAGGUCAUCAACGUGGCCCAGCCGCUGACCACGUCGCAGUUUGCACCGCCCCAGGGCGACGACGCCAAGGCCGGGGCCCGCCGUGGUGCAUCCAUGGGCGGACCGGCGUACUCGUUCACGGCGUGGUCAAACAUGGGUAAGCUUGUUGAAAAGGGCCUCGUGACCCGGGCUGGCCGCCCAGCGCGCUACUCGCUCACCGACGCCGGCAUUGAGCUCGGCACACUGCUUGCGUCGGGCCAGCCUGCCCCGCGGCCAUCCCAGCCAUCGCGAGGCAAGGAAGAGGAGGUGCGGAAGAGAGUCCGUGCAGCUUCCGCUGCCUCGACCGCGCAGCUGCUCGCGCGUCCGGAAUCGGUAGCCUCGAGUGCCCCGAGCUCGCACGCUGUGCUCUCGCCGCUGACGGCGCGGGCGCGCCGAGCCUCGCGCGCUCGCGCUCCGACUACUACACGUCACAUGCGGUAA